GGCUCAAUGAAACAUCCUCACCAUCCGCCCUUCACAGAAGCUGUUCAUUGAACAAAGGGGAGGCUGCGAUGCCACUUCAAAAACCACAAUGCAAGGAAACGCAAGACGUUGCAGUCGCAACGUCGUCAUCGUCGUCGUCACCACCCUCGAACUCGCCUCCUGCAGUGCAGGUAUCGUACAUCAACGCUGAUAGUGGAGUGGGUGGCUUCGCCGCCCAGGCGUACGAGCCCGGCGACGGCGUUUUGCGAGAGAAGCCGUACGUCUUCGCGCAGUCCUACGACACAUGGAACAUGCAAUCGAUGAAAAAUGAGGGGUGUAUGAGCAGUGGGGGCACCGUCACGAGAGCAGGAGCAUCGACUUUCGCGACCGAUUUAUCUGAUGCCGUGACCUCCUCCCACUCGCCCUCGUGUCUUUCGCAUUCUUCGCCUUCGCCUGUCACGUGCGUAGCAUCGCAGCGCGCGGAUGAUCCGCAAGGUGGUUGGGAGGGCCUUCAACGUGUUCGUUGCUGCUUCGGCUGUGGGGCUCCCUUACCGCAAUCCCUCCAGGAAGAAUGUGCGCGGCUGGACUGCCUCUUCAGGCUUCAACGUCACGGCAACGGCAGCAGGAAUAAUAGUAAUGCGGACGGUGCGUCGACACGCAUGUUGAGGGCAGAAAGGGCCACUUCGCCGGAACGAGACAAUGGAAAGGAAUUUUCCUUGUGGGAACUGGUCCACAACACCGGCUCGGAGGCUUCCGCAGCACCGCCGCAAGCUGGUCGAGCGUACGUGAACGAGGUGGAUGCAACCGGGGCGGCGCACAUCGUUUACUUCUGUGGCCCGACCUGCGAGGCCCGAUCCCUCAACGAGGACGGCACGCGCUUUGUGUUGGAGCCACCGGGGAUACGCACUGCAUUGCCAACAAACGCACUACCGGAAGCAUCUGAAAGUCACGCUGCGGCUCCACCGCUUUCCGAACGCGAACUCGCUGCUUUGCGUUACCCCGACUACGAUACAAUACUCCGCGCGGCGCACCACCCAACCUCCGCCACGAUUCGGCACGCUGCGUGGCCGACGCGGCUGUCGGUGCUCUCCACUGUGCACUCCAUUGCCCGCCGCUGCAACGAGCGGGUAUGGCUGUUGGUGCGGCUGAUGGCGAAGGAGCUGCACAACACCCUCUCGGUGUUGUCGUCGUCAUCAUCCCGCCUUCCUUUUCCUGCCGUCGCGCAGCCGCAACGGACCGCACCGCCCGAAGUAACGCAGUGGUUGGAGAUGGUUGCUGUUACGUUUCGCGUCCGCCUGGAGGCGCUGUGCGAGCGGUACGCGGAGGGUGCGAUGCAGCUGCUCAGCGCAGAUCAGAAGGCGCUGCUGCGGUUCAGCUGGCAGCUGCUCACGUGGUGGUGGGUGCUGUGCUGCGUGGAGGUGGUGGUGGUGGAGGAGAAUCGAAUGGACGAGAGCAGUGAACGUCAACGCAGCUCGUGUGUGACGUCAAGCACCGACGCCGAGAGCACAUCUCAGCUGACGCCACUCGACUCUCUGCUACGUUGCAUCGCCGCAGGCGCAACGCCUGCGUCCGCGGAGGAGUGGCUACGCGGCGUUCUGCGAGUGGCCGAAACGCGUGCCUUCCCGCUGCAGCUGUACCUUCAGCUUUACUGGCUCACCAAUGCCAACGUGCACAUGUAUGUUGUUUCGAGUCCCCUUUACGCGCUGUGGUGCCGCUGGCUGGCGGAUGUCACCCCUUCGUCUACUCGGUCAGAGGCGGCCGAUAGCAGCAGGGACGACGACCAAACCGCUGGCGCAGUGCAAGCGGCGAAGAUGGAGUUGUUUGCGCGGUUGUAUAGUCUGUUUCACGGAACGAAGGUGUGGUCGGCGACGACGUCGAAAAGCAGCAGGCGCACCGCCGUCUCCUCCGCCCAACUUCCCAUCGUCGCAGACGCCCUCCACGCCACCGGUGUAGCGCUGUACGAUCGUGCUACCAAACUCAACCACAGCUGUGAGCCAAACGUGUGUUUCCAGCCCAACGCCGGUCCCGUGGAAGCCGCGAGGGUGGCGCUGCGCCACAUCGACGCAGGCGAAGAAAUCCUCACGAGCUACACCCGACCAGAGCAGUUCGAGGAUGCCGCCCUCGACGAAGAAGGAAAAGGCGGAGAGGCGGCCCGACGUGCUGCAGGGAAGCGGCGGCGUCGUUACCUGCAGGAGCACUACGGCUUUGUGUGCCGGUGUCCCCUCUGUGCCGCCGCUGCGGACGAUGGCGAGUCUGGGGAUGGCUGA